ACAGCAUCUGAUUUGGGAAAGUGGAACAGGUCUGGCAGAAGCACCUUGGUGAAGCAGAGACCCACUGCACUCCCUGAUCUUGACAAUGCCACGCCACGACUCAUGCUCAAGAGAAUCAUCCAGACCCAACCACAAGUUUCACCUUUAGAGGCUCAGAUACCUCAACAUGAAGAAACAGAAGAAGCUCGAUCAGAGUUCCCAUCUAAGAGGGCCUCCAGCAUGGGGGAAAUGCAGCUGCCAGACCUCCUUCCCGAGGAGAUGCCGAUCCCCACGUUCCACAUGGCUAAGAAGAGAAAGAAGCUCAGCAUUUCAGAAUUUGAGAGAGCAGCAGACAAACGACUUCCCCAGAACCAAGCUCAGUCGACGCUGGACAGCACUGCCUUGGCUCGAUCUCUUCGCAUGUCUCUUGGUUCCUUGAUCCCACCUGACACGGUUGAAAAGAGGGGUUUGCUCCGAAGGCCAAAAAACCGCAGAGUGAUUGACAUGGAAGCUUUUGAAGGUGGAGUGGAGCAGAACAUCCUGAAGAGAAAAGCAGAGAAUUAUCUUGUGGACUCGCCAUCACCAUCCGGGAUUCAAACAGUGACCCUGACAAGUGAUGCAGAAAUCAUGCUGAGUAACACAGAGCUCUUUGUUCAGCCUCCAUUUGAUAUGCAGAGCCAGACAAAGCUUCCUGCUCCCAAACCUCAGCUAUCAGAUUCCAAAAAUUCAACACCAAGAAGCAAGACUUCUGAUACAGCUCAAGAGGAGGCAAGGCUGGUGGGCCUGGUAUCCAGCAUGGGCAUAAAUGAGAGAAAGAACCAGAGAUAUUCUGCAGAUUUAACCCUCAAUCGUGAGCAUGUUGACGGAAUGACUCAUGUGUCUCCAAAAACACCAGCAAACCAGCAAAAAGAUAAGCAAGAUGAUUCCCAGCAGAGUCACCCAGUGGAACAGCUUUCUCUGGCAGAAGCGGUGGUGGUUGGCACUGCAGAGCAUCGUGCAAGCACUGGAUAUGCUGAACAUUUGGAGAAAACACUGAGCAAACUGGCAGAAUGGCAGAUAACUACAGCACAGGAUGCCAGAGUCGAAACAGAAGCAGCUUCUUCAGAAGAAGGAAUAGCAGAAGGUGGUGUUGAACACCAAGGCUCUUCCAAAGCUGAGCGCAAGAUUGCCAAAGAUGUUGGAGCCGGAAGUCUGAGCAGACAUUCUCUUGCUUUUUCCUCUGAAAAAUCUGGAAUGAAGCCAUUAGAGGAAGCUGUUGAAGAAGGAGAUGAACUAGAGGACCAGGCAAUAAUGGUAGAACUGGAUGGCCCAGAAGAAGAGCCUACUGAGGAUGAAGAUGAAAACUCUGAAGAAGUUUCCAUGAAGACCCCCUCAUUUGUCCAUGCUGCAGCCUCCCAGCCACAGCUGUCAGCUCCGUGUCCUGCCAGUUCUGCUGCCUCCAAGUUUCCCCUGCAGUUGCUGCAGGCUAAACCACCCCCAAAAAGCUCAGGAGCAUCACGGAGGAAAACACAUGAGCCUGAAGUAGCAAGUAGUUUGAUAAAGAAGAUAUUUAGCCAUUAUGUGAAAAUGCCAGUGACCAGAGAUGCGUUCAAAAUUGUUGAAAAAUGCUCAGAGAGAUUCUUCAAGCAGCUAAGCAAUGAUCUGGAAGCUUACACCAACCAUGCAGGGAGGAAGACAGUGGAGAUGGCUGACCUGGAAGUCCUCAUGAGAAGGCAAAGGCUGGUGACCGACAAGAUGCCGCUGCACGUGCUGAUAGAGCACUACCUCCCACUGGAGUACAGGAAGCUCCUGAUUCCCGUUGCUGUGAGUGGAAAUAAAGUGAUCCCCUGCCACAAAUGA